UGUUUAUUACGGUUUGACUGUGAGUGGCAAUCGGACGUGUUUAAAAGAGCAGUGCGGGAACUUGUUCGCUUUGCUUCAUCGGAAUUUUAUCCAUUUAUAGACAAAAACUUAUUUCAUACAUAUACUACAUACAAAAAAAUAUAUAUUUUGCUUGUUUCUUCGUUGUUGUGAUAUACAAAUUCCAAACGUUCUUAAUUGAGAAAAAGCUGUGAAUGUGCCGCAAUUAAUGUAUCACAAUUCAAACUGUCGCAGUACCAAAAUAUCGUUUCACCAAUUCUAAUAUGGCUCCGCUCAUGCAGAUUCUUCUAAAAGCCUUUAUUGGAUUAAUAUGCGUUAGAGUUAACAUCCUAGUCAGUGCUUCAUUUCCCUAUUAUGGUACAAAAAUCGGUGCAUUAACACGACUACACCACGGCGUUUCAGGAGAUGUAUAUGCCGUUGAUUCUCGUACAUUAUUUAUUAAAAACUUUAAUUAUGAUGGCGAGGCACCAGCGGCGUACUUCUACGUGGGAAGCACAGCAAAACCUAGCAACGAAGGAGCCCAACGUCUAAGAGAUGAGCGAGGUGGGGUUACUGCUCUUAAUCGACGUUAUCGUAACAAAGAUAUAACAUUACCGCUACCUGAUGGGAAAACAUUACGUGACUUUAAAUGGUUUUCAGUUUGGUGUGAUGAGUUCGCCGUAAAUUUUGGUCACGUUUUUAUUCCAGCUGAUUUGGAUUUUCCUCGCCCUCAAAAAAUUGCAUCUUUAAAGGGUGUACAUGCUGUGUCCUCGGAUAAUAUUGUAAUUGUGGAUGCACAAACGCUUUUAAUACCAAACUUUAGUUAUGAUGGUGAAGCACCAGAUGCCAAAUUCUGGGUUGGUCGCGGACACCGACCCAGUCCUCAAGGUCUACGCAUUCCCGAUGAGAAUGGCAAAGAAAGUCCACUACGGCGCUAUGAUCGCAAAACUAUUGUGCUCACUUUACCCGACGACUUAACAAUAUUUGACAUAGGACACUUUGGUGUUUGGUGUGAAGCUUUCACCGUCGACUUUGGUCAUGUUCGUAUACCGGAGGGAUUAAACGUGCCACCAUCACUAAAAAUGCUUGGUAUUAGCCCGCAGGUAAAAAAGCACGUGCAUGCAUAACGUUUAAAAAUCUGAUUACGACGAUUAACUAAAUAUAAGAAGUUGGAAGACUACACAGCUAAAUAUUUAAUUUUCUAUUUAUUUUGCUAAUUUAAAAAGCAAAAGUCACUCAUCUCAAAAAAUAUAAAUAUUUUGACUAAUUCAUGUUUUGUUGCAGAAAUUACAUUUAUAUGUACAUGAUAAAUAUUUACUAUCCUAUUGCAAGAGAUACGACAACACACAAGACCGAAAUACUGAAAUUAUUCUGACUCGAAAAUAUUUUAAAUACAAUACAUAAAUAUGUAUGUAUGUAUAUAUAAAAUUUCUUGCAUACCAUACAUAUGUACAUAUGUGGAAGAAAUAACGCUAAUUAGUAGAAUGUGUAUAUUUAAUUAUAUUAAAAAUACACAUUUUUUUAUAAUCAACGCGCUAUCGUAUAUUAGAGCAGGUUGAUUUAUGGUACAGGGAGCCAAAAAAUUAUUCUACGGUUCAUUCUGAAUAGCUUUAAAUAUGAGAAUAUGGGUCUAAAACCGGUUUGGAGCCAGCGAUUUUUAUGGCGAAGUUUAUCUUUUAGGGAUUAUAAAAAUUUCUUCCUCAGUUUUUGAAAUAUCCAAAUGAAAUUUAAUACAUAGGUGCAUUUUGAUAUUCUAUUGAUCAUUUGUCGGAUUCGGCCAAAUCGAACAACUAUAUUACAUAUAUCCCCUACAACCGAUUAUUCAGUUAUUUUAUUUUCUGGUAUCUUGCCUUUAAUUAAGAAGGUAAAAGCACGUAAUUUCAGAGAACUCUAAUACAUGUUAAAAAAUCGGAAAACUAUAUAACAUAACUCGUACCACAUACAACCAAUUAUUUAGGUUUUUCCCGUAUAAUGCUUUCAUUUAAAAAGCUAUGAGCUUAGCGUAAUUUUGCAGAAGAGACCUUUAAUAUAUACUUAACAAUGACAGUAAAAAUAUAGAAAAUUGGACAACUAUAACAUACAUGUAUCACCUAUUCAGCGAAUUAUUCAGAAAAGACAGAAGCGUUUUUCCUCUCUCUUCGAGUUUUUAAUUGAAAUUUAUAAUUCAUAAAAUGGAAAAUAUUUAUCGGCUGCAAGAUCAACUUUAAAAAUGUUUAUGAAAAUACAUUUAAAACUUAUUUUAUGAUUUUUUGUAGAACAUUUCCCGGAAACGCAAUCUUAUAGUAAAAAAAAUCGAGCGGCUCUGUUGUACAUAAACUAGUCGUCAUAUUCAUAGAUUCAUAUUAUUAGAUUCUUUUGGUUCUUUCAGAUCUUUGUUAAUUUACAGCUUAGAUAAUUUCUGCCAUUAUCCAUUGUAACGGUGUAUGCAUACAAUACAUAUUUGUUUUGUUGGCAUUUCACUUUUUACAAAAUUAUUAGAUAGGACUAAGUGGAAUUGUUUUGUAACAAAUUUGAUGCAUUUAUUAUUUUAGUUUAAGGCGUUUUUAUUUAAUCUAUUUAUUUUUCUACUAUCAUGAUUAUUAGUUUUUUCUGUUUGCGCGAUGUUGACCUGAAUCACAGUUUAUGUUAUCUAGAACAUUGCUUAAAAUUUGUUGCCAAUAUUUUCUUUGUCUUAAAAAAUAUUUUUAGAUGUCAAACUUUGUAUAUGAAAUCAAUGUUCAUAGUUACUGUCAACAAAUUUUUGAUAACACACAUAAUAUGUGGUGCACAUUUAUCAUUAAUAUGAAGACGAACAUUAUGGUCAUAACAAUUAUUUUGUUAUAUUUGCGUACCUGUGACGAUAUUUUUAUAUAAUUGCAGGCAGCCGAUAAAUAAUCAAACCUAUUACACUUAGUACAGUACAUUCUAAGAGCAUAGCUUAGUUUCUCAACAUUGACUCUGAAGUGACAUUUUGACGUUUCCAAAAUAUUUCAGAUGCGGCUCUGCAUUCCCAGUGGUAUAGUUUGUUCGAUUCGCCACUCUAAUUUCAUUCAAAACUGACCGACCAUUAAAACGCACAGCAACUUUUCAGUACAAAUUAAAUGAUAGCUAAACGAAGAUAAUUUGAAUUUAUAAACAGGAAGUAAACUUUGUACAAGAUAUUUUUAAUAAAACUUUUAAAUUCGCUGACAUCACUUUGAGACGAUCUGUAUCUUCAUGAUGAAGCAAAACUGCUAAUUGUCUGAUUGUAGAUUUAUCAUAUCAGUUUGGGUUGGUUGCAUUAAUUACUAACAUACUACUCAAUGUAUUGUUUAUUGAAGCAAUGACGACAUUUACAUCAGUUGUACUUGGUAUGAUAUUAUAUAGAAAAAUUAAAAUAACAUAUUUAUAAUUUUAGAAUGCACGUAUGCAUAAGUAUUUUGAACUUGCAAUUACAAAAUUAAAACAGUCGUACCUUAGUUUUUGAUUAAAGUGUUUUCAAUAUUUUCUUGUACUCCGUUUUUAUAUCCGAUUAGCUUAUCCACGGUCAAUAGUCACUAAUUUUUUCACGAUAUAAUAUAUUAAUUGUUUUCAACAAUGUUAUCUCGUUUAUUAACAUUUAGUUUAAUUUUUUUUGCUCUUAUUUUUAUGGAAUGUUUCAUGUAACAACAUUGACUACCUACUUUAAUUAAUAUAGGGUGUUUAAGAAGUACAUAAUUUCUCGAAGUUGCCAGCUGCUAGGCGAACAAAAGAAAAAUCCAAAAACUUUAUUGAUGAAGUUUCCAUCGAUAUUUGUAUGUAGCCUAGAUGUACUCUUUGCUAACAGCAUUCAUUUGUCAAAAUGUAUGCAAGUAAAUUUAAAGAACGGUUUUUGAAAAACGGAACUUAUCAUAUACAUACAUUUCCUAUCACAACUUGUAAUUACACAAAAUUGCGUAAGAGGAGAUAAAGAAUGCACUUUAUUUGAACAUAUGAAGCAUGAUUCAAUUAUAUAAGGUUAUGUCGUUACCCCUAAAACAACAAUUUGUUUUGUUCUCCUUUUAUUGUGUGCUCUCCUGAGAUUGUAAAGUUACCAAAAGCAUCAAAUGUAAACAUGAAAGACAUCAGAAAAACAUAAAACAGUUUAUUUGAUAUUAAUGAUUAAAAAUAUUUUUGUUAGAAGAAGCAUGUUCUCUAGUAAUACAAUCUUAUAUCUAUAUGCAAUUGGAUCAUGAUAUGAAGCCACAAUAAAGUUAUCAAAUCUUUAUGUCUACAUCAGGAUUGCGUUUUUUUUAAUUCCAAAAUUUUGGAAUAAAAAUUAAAUUUUUAUUUUUUAAAAAUUAAAUUUUCAUUUUUGAAUCCCGAUGUUGAAGUUAAAAAUUUAAUUUUCAUUUUUUAAUCCAAGAUGUUUGGGAUUAAAAAUUGAAAUUUUAAAAUAUGUUUUUUGAUUUGAAUGAACGCGAAAAAAUUUUAAUUUUAGAAAUUCUUUUUUAAUUCUUAAAAAUUAAAAUUAAUUUUUAAUCCGGUUUUGUGAUAAAAUUUCUUAUCUUUAUUUCUUAAUCCCACAUUAGAAUGUUUUGUUUCAAUCCCGUCUUUGGGAUUUCAAAACAAAAAUAUAUUAAUUUGGGAUUAAAAAAAAAUUUAUUGAAAUGUUAUUUAAAUUAAUUGUUAUUUUGCAAACCUGCUCAACAUACAGAUGUAUGUGUGUAUGUAUAAAAGGGAAUUAUAUAUAUGUACAUGUAUGAAAGAAAAAUAUUGUCUAAACCAAUAUGUUUUAAUUCUAGAUAUUUACGAUUUUACUAUAAACCGUAAACUUUGAAAAAUGGAACUUUAAGAAUAAAAUUCGAACCUUAAAUUUAAAAUGUAAAACUUAACCUACUAUUUAAGAUUUUUAUCUUACUGAUAUACAAUACAAUUCAUCCAUCCAUAUAGAUGCAUGCACAUGCGUACGUAUAUGUAUGUAUAUGAUGUAUAAUCGUUGUUUGUAUUAUCUAUUGUCAAUCAUUGCAUUUGAUCUGGUUUUUUAGAAGUUAUAGGUUGAGAAAUAUCACCGUGAAUUCAAUCACUUAAUUGCAUUGAAAGCUAAAUUGUAAAGGUUUUAUAUACAUACAUAUGUAAAAAUGUAAACACAACAAUUUAUUUGUGCAAAAUCCACUUUCAUAAAACCCCACACUAAAUUGUAAGAACAAUAUGCUUAAUAUUGUUUCCCAGUAAUAUUGUAAUUUUAUUCAUUAAAAAGCCAUUGAGAAUAAAUUAUUUUGUUUCAUUAAUCCUUAUAUAAAUAUCUGCGUGUGUAACUCCCUAAUGUCUGUUUAGAAGUAUUUGCAUUUAAGCCGCAUGUGUGUAUCUUGAAUAAAUUUUAAAAUUCUAUAUUUAAAAUAGCACAUUUCAAGGAUGUAUAUAAAUGAGUAGCUAACGCAUUGUUAUAAAUAAACACAUUAUUUUUUACUUUUGUAUUUUGGUAUAACUGCUAUGUUAUUCAUACAUUUAUUUAUUUUCAAAUUGAUGUUUAGUAUGAUUAGUUUCAAUAAAGCUUUCUUAAAAUUA